AUGUAUAGUACACCUCAACUUUUAAGACAUUUGGACAGGAUAUUCAGAUUUUUAAAGGGGCUGGAAAUAGGCAGUGUUGAAGUUGGUGAAGGUUUUUGUGCUUUGUGUGCCAAGGCGUAUAUAUGUUUAGUGACUUCCCUGAAGAGGAAAGAAAAUAAAACAUUUAAGAAGAAUGUGCAUUGCCGACCCACAGAAAGGGCUGGGGCUACUGUUAACAACUUUAGAUGGGAUAAGGGGAAAUUAGUUUUUCCGAGAAUUAAAUGUUUUGUUCCAUUAGCUUUCAUAAAAAUUAACUUACUCGGACAUAAAAUUCCCAAAAUCAAGAAGAAUACAAACCCCAUAGGCAAGAAAAUGAAUGAAAAAAUCACCACGCAACCGCGAAAACUGGAAGAAAUUCAGGUUGUAUUUACAGGUAACAAAGAAGAACAUUGA